AUUUUGCCAAUCGCCUGUUUGGUUUUAUUCCAAACGAAAACAAGCAGCUUACAAAAUUUCCGCGAUUACGGCCUUUUUCUAGCUUUGAAUGGACCGAUCUCUGUCAAAAGUCAAGAGUUCAAAACAUUUGGUGAUAUCUCUCCCAGUGUAGGGGAUUCUUGAUGUAUUUUCAAAACGAGAAGCAAGAAUUUAGGGAAGUUUGUGGUAACGAUAAUGCUAUCGCAGACAGUUCUUCUACCAGCGAGGGUGCUUCGCUAAUAAAUGAUUCAGAAAACGACAAAAGAAGGUAUUUGGCGGCUGGAGGAUCCCUGAGCCUGAAUGCAGACGCCGGUGGAAGCUUAUCCAUCAUCGAUAGGACACUCCAUCUUAAAAACCCGACUUCAGAAUGGCAAACCCUUACACAUAUCUUAAAAGCAAACAUUGGACCUGGCAUGUUAAGCCUGCCAGCUGCGAUGAUGAAUGCUGGAAUAGUGGUUGGCCCGGUUUCACUCUUCUUCAUUGCACUUAUUUGCAUUCAUUGCAUGCAUCUUUUGGUACAAUGCAGCCAUUAUCUUUGUGAAAGGUCUUCUUUCCUUUCUUUGAGCUACCCUGAGGUAGCUGAACAAUGUAUCAAAAUGUAUAGUCCAACCAAAGGCUAUAUUGGAAGGGUUGUGGUAAAUGUAUUUUUAUGCAUCACUCAGCUGGGAUUCUGUUGCGUGUACUUUAUAUUUGUUGCCGACAAUGUCAAGCAGGCUCUUGAUGAGGUUGUUAAUCUUGACCCCAAGAUCUGGAUUGUCAUACUUCUAGUACCUGUCAUUCUCUUGUCCUAUAUACACUCCCUGCGUGUACUUUCUGUUCUCUCCACUAUGGCCAACAUCUGUUGUCUUAUCGGCCUAGUGAUAACCUUCCAAUACCUUGGAAGGAAUGUUCACAAUCCAAAGCUGUUGCCGGAAUUUGAUGGAUGGGCCGCACUGCCACUUUUCUUUGGAAUGGUUGUGUUCACGUUUGAGGGAAUUGGUGUGGUUCUACCUUUGGAAAAUCAGAUGGCUCGUCCACAACACUUCAGGCUGGUUCUGAAUGUUGGGAUGGGGAUAAUUCUGGCAAUAUUUUAUCUCAUGGGAGUUCUUGGUUAUCUUGCAUGUGAGCAAAAGUGUGAAGGGAGUAUCACACUCAAUCUACCCAACACACCUCUGUACCACACUGUGCGUAUUCUGUUUUCCGUCAUGGUAUUCAUCUCCUACUUCGUGCAGUUCUACGUUCCCAUGGAAAUCAUGCAGCCACCAAUCCGGCAAUGUGUUGGCGAGAGGUUUCACGGCAUAGCAGAUUAUGGGUUUCGUACCCUGCUUGUUUGUGUAACAUGUGCACUGGCCCUAGGAAUACCUCAGCUGAGCAACUUUAUCUCCCUUGUUGGAUCCAUAGGAAGUUCUGCACUGGCUCUGGUCUUCCCCAUCACCAUCCACCUACUUACUCUCUACUCUACCCACCAGCUGACCAUCUCUGUCAUCAUAAAGGACGUUUUUAUUCUAGCUUUUGGACUGUUAGGUUCUGUUGUGGGGCUAUACACAUCUAUAUUGAAUAUUGUCCGUGUGUAUAGGGGUCCCCUGCCAUCCCAUAAAGCAAAUGCCACAAUAAGUAAUGUUACCCUGGCAUAACUCAACUUUUCUAAAAAUUGGCAGCUGAUCUAAUAGAAUGUACAAGAAAAUUGUUAGGGAAAAAUAUUAUUAUUAGACAUAAAUAUCUUAUGUUUUUCAAUCGAGGUUGCACUCAACAAGACAGUAAAUAUUAACAGAAGACUGUAAAUAUUGACAGGCACAUAAACAAGAAUGCUAUAUAGCAAACCUGGAUUUGCUUAUAAUUACACUUAUUUGAAAAAGGUGUAUUCAUGAAACCAGAAUGAUAUCAGUAUUAGACAUUUUAUUUUAGAAAAAAAUUAUUGAUCCGUGAUUGAAAUUGAAUCAAUGGGUAGUGGAAUGACUGUAAAUUUUGCAAUAUAACUCCAACAUUUUAAUUUUUUCAAUAAAAAUUAAAGAUCCUACAAAUUUGUCUGCAUGAGCAAUGACCAAAUCUAUUCUCAAGACAACAGUCUCAGAUCUGUAUUUCUAACUUAACUUAUCAUAGUUCCCUGUUUCAAAUAUAACGAACACUUUCCAUGUACACAUAAUAGGCUCAGACAUGAAAAUAUAUACACUAAAUGAUGACAUGAGUCAAUUCUUCAGGUAACAGCACUCUUGAUGUCCUUCUGGUGUAUGUAGUUUGGAGUUUGCAUCUAACUGCGAAUUAUUUAAUCGAAUUACUUAUCAUUAUUUUAGAGAAAAUAGAGCUUUAAUCAAUAAAUCCAAUGACCUUUGGUGCA